UCCUUUUUAAUCUUCUCGUGUUACAUGCUCGCGUAAAAAUAGUAUUCAUGGUUAGAAAUAUGAACUUGAAAUAAUGGUAGAAUACACGAAGAGGAUAAUGUGAAUCGUUUUAAUAAACAACACAAGUGGUAACGUUACAACACAAACUCUUUUGGAAAUGGCUCUAAGAUGGCAAGCCAGGCUCUCCAUCGCUGCCAUACUCUUCAUGUGCACCGAAGAUACGUUGAGCCUGGGUGACCGCAUGUUGGAUAAUAUGGAUAGAAGAACGAGUCAGAGUAAUAGGGCACGUCAACAAAUAUUGGAUAAUUCCUCAGGUCUGAAACCGGAUCCAAGUUUUGACUAUUCGCAAAAUACAAACGUGACUGCGUUGAUCGGAAAAACGGCCUAUCUCAUUUGCCGAGUACGUAAUCUCGGUGAUAAAACGGUAUCCUGGGUGAGACACAGAGACAUACACAUUCUGACGGCCGGAACAUAUACGUAUACGAGCGAUCAACGAUUUCAAGCGCUAUACCAAAAGACACCAAUUUCAAACAGCGAAUGGUCGGAAUGGUCACUUUGCAUAAAAUGGGCGCAGGAGAGAGAUCAAGGAAUCUACGAGUGUCAGAUAUCUACCAUCCCCGUUAAAUCUCAACACUUUCAAUUGAACGUCGUUGUACCUACAGCGACGAUACUAGGUGGGCCAGAAAUGUACGUCGGUGCAGGAAGUACGAUAAACCUGACGUGCGUCAUACACUUCAGCUCUGAGCCACCGGCCUACAUCUUCUGGUACUACAAUGACAACGUCCUCAGCUACGACAGUCCCAGGGGCGGUAUUUCGGUGAUAACCGAAAAGGGUGGCGACAUCACAACCUCCUGGCUUCUCAUCCAAGCUGCACAACCCUCGGACUCAGGGGAAUACAGCUGCAAACCCAGCAAUGCCAAUACGGCCUCCGUUAAGGUUCACGUGCUCCAUGGCGAACGACCGGAGGCAAUGCAAACCGGAACAGCGGGACCCACUCUAUCUUCGAGCUGUCUUUUGGUGUCUCUCAUCAUUUUGUACAUAUCCUCGAAGUAAACGAAUUUAAGUAACUUUAACGAAUGUCGCUGCAAAUGUCGUCGUUUUUUAGAUCGAGUUACGAAUCCAUCGAGGUACAUUUUCCUUUUGAAAAAUAGUUCUCGAUCGACUAAAAUCGAAUAAAUCGUUUCUUAUGAAUUAAGAGAGAAAAAA